AUCCUCUCAGUCCAGAGGUAUAAGAACUCCACAACACAUCCAGCAAGUCCAAUCACAGCCAGUCCAAAUCUGAUCCUACCUAGCCUGUCUGAGAGAAAAUCAACACAAUCGUUUUAUCAAAGUCCUCCGUGAAGACACUUCAGAUUCAGAAUCAUCACACAAACGUAGACCGGCCCAACAGAACCAUGAAUAGCCUGAUAGCCACCCGGGCUGCUUGCCCCCGGUCCCCAACCAAGGGGCCACCCAAGUUCAAACAGAGGAACAUUCGUCAGUUCAAGAGCAAGCCUCCAAAGAGGGGCGUCAUUGGGUUUGGAGAUGACAUCCCCGGCAUGGAUCGUCUGGGCGCUGCUUCAUGGGAACAGGUCUGCCCCUGGGAAGCUUACAGUCAUCUUGAGCUGCAUGAGCUGGCACAGUAUGGAAUCAUCUGAAUACUACAACACCCACAAUCCUCUUUGUCUUUAAUCAACUACAAGUACAAAGAGGGUCCCUCAGGAUCAACUGGAACAAAAGCAACAGAAUUGGGCCUGUUCAAAAUCAGACAACAACGCCAACAAAAACAUAUUUUGCUAUUAAUUAGAACACAUUUGCUGUUUCUACUCAACAUUUGUCUAUUUGGCAAGUACUUUGCAAUGUGUUCCUAACACACUCUAUAUUCCCUUAAAGUGUCUCUUUGGGACUUUGGCAUUGAUGAA